UUGUGUGUGUAUGUGUGUGUGUGUGAGAGUGAGUGUGUGCGAUGAGUGUAGGGCUCUUGAAAUAUUCUGAGGCAAAGCAACUUGCCGAGAAGGUAGCAGAUGGUUUCAAAGAAGUUGGCUAAACCGAAUCAGGUAGCACAUCACAAGAUGUCAUUUUCAUUGUGCUUUGGGGAAAUGAAGGCUGGACUGAUUCGCGAUAUUAAUAACAUUUGUAUUGAUUUCCCAAGAAGACGGAGCGCUGGAGAAAUCAGCCACUGACACAUCUCAAAAAAAGAAAUCUCUCUCAAACACACACUCUAAUACGCACAAACACACAUUCACAUUUAUUUGUCUUAGUAAGACGACAGUCAUCACCAUUAUGAACCUGUUGGCUGGUCUUCCUCUAACGCUCAUGAUUUUCUUUCUGCUGGUCUUGGGAUAUACUCUAUGGCGAAGCCUUCACAACCCUGCGUAGGGCCGGGUGGCCUGGCUGCUGCUGGCUGAACAAGCUCGAAAUCCCCACAACCACAAUGUUAGACGGAUAUCAAGAGUUUGACGACUUCACACAACCAAUGAACAUCAGCUCUGGGACGUGACGUAAGGUUCCCGAUAGAAAAGGCGCGGACUGUACGUAGCAGGGUGUGCAGGGUUUGGAGACGCUAGAACAGGGAUGCAACGGGCAGGCUGCCACACACUCCCGACUGGAAUAACACAAACUCAGUGUACAACCAACUCAUUUUCUCAGGCAGUCUCUUGCAACCAAGUCAACAAAAGGGGAACAAAACUGCUUUGAACGGCUACAGCACUUCUUCGUGAUAAACUUAAAGAGAGAGAAAGGACAUCGGUUUUACCAGGUGGCAGCAAGCCAUUGUUAUAUUUGAUGAAAUUCCAUCAGUUGCUACGCCUUUGCAUCCAGAGCAACGUGCAAUAGUAUAAGCGUUUCUAUUUUUUAAUUGUAUUUCUUCCGGUGCCACUAAGAUGCUGAGGAUAUGGCAGAAACAUGAAGACACACGCCUUUUCUUCAAUUGAGACGUCCUUUCCUUCCUCAUUCGCUCCCACACACAUGCUGGAUUAUUUUUUAAUGUAAUGUAUUUGGAACUGAGUCCUCCUCCUGUCUCAUUGCAGUAGCCGAGCAACUUGUCCGAUUGAUAACUUUCAGGGGGAAGUGGCAUUUGUGUGAACUUCAGUAUUAAUUGACUGACAAAUGAAUUCCCAAAACGCCCAAACCGAAAAUACACGGGAAGAAAAAGAGAGGCGCAGUAUCAAAUGCGUGCUUUGCUGGUACGUGUGAAGCCUAUCGUGGAAUCUCACAGUCCUUUUGUAGGCGUUUUUGUAACUGAUCAGAUUUGUAGGGUGCACCGAUUCAUUCUUUCGAGGAUUUCGUCAUUUUUAAAAACAAAUAAAGAAUUAAACUCAAGACUUGUCUGGUAGUACUACGCCCCCGAAAUAGCAAUCUAAACUUGCCCCAUUUUUUUUCCCCUUAAAAAAAAGGUAAUUUGAACUUCCGAUUCAUGGGGCUGGGUUUGCGUCUUACGGAAAUCUUGGCUUGCAGAUCAGAGGGAAGCACGUGUAAUUUGCUCUCAUCGGCGGCAACGAUGCUUUUCCACGGCCUCCCCGGAGGCGAGAUGCACGGUGUCAUGGAGGAGAUGGAGCGCAGAAGCAAAGGCGACUCGUCGGCUAUCAGCUCAGCCAUAGACAUGGGGGAGACAGAAACGAUCAUGCCGUCCAUCAGCGGGGACAGGGUGGCCCUGUGCGCCGGCUGCGGAGGGCGGAUCUCGGACCGCUACUACCUGCUGGCCGUGGACAAGCAGUGGCAUAUGCGCUGUCUGAAGUGCUGCGAGUGCAAACUCAACCUGGAGUCCGAGCUAACCUGCUUCAGCAAGGACGGCAGCAUCUACUGCAAAGAGGACUAUUACAGGAGGUUUUCAGUGCAGAGGUGCGCGCGAUGUCACCUGGGCAUUUCGGCGUCGGAGAUGGUGAUGAGGGCGCGAGACCUGGUCUACCACCUGAACUGCUUCACCUGUACGACCUGCAACAAAAUGCUCACGACGGGGGACCACUUCGGCAUGAAGGACAGUUUGGUGUACUGCCGGCUCCAUUUUGAAAACCUGAUCCAAGGGGACUAUCCAGAUCGUUUCAAUCACUCGGAUGUAGCGUCUGCUAAAGGACUGGGCACGGCUGGCCCGCUGGGACUGUCUUACUAUAACGGGGUCAGCACGGUGCAGAAAGGCCGGCCCAGGAAGAGGAAAAGUCCCGGGCCGGGAGCAGACUUAGCUGCCUACAAUGCAGCCCUGAGCUGUAACGAGAAUGACGGGGACCCCAUGGACCGCGACUCCCAGUACAGCUCGGGCGCGAAGUCCAAACGCAUGAGGACCUCCUUCAAGCACCACCAGCUCCGCACCAUGAAGUCCUACUUCGCCAUCAACCACAACCCAGACGCCAAGGACCUCAAGCAGCUGGCCCAGAAGACGGGCCUCACCAAACGGGUUCUACAGGUCUGGUUCCAGAACGCGCGGGCUAAAUUCCGACGGAACCUGCUACGACAGGAAACAGGCGUGGACAAAGGUUCCGACGGCUCGGUGCUGCAGGGCGGCACCCCCUCUGGACCCGUCUCGGAGCUCUCCAACGGGUCCAUGAGCCCGUCCAGCACGCCCACCACCCUGACGGACCUCACCAACCCCACCAUGCCCACCGUCACCUCCGUCCUGACCUCUGUGCCCGGGGGCUUAGAUGUGCACGAGUGCCGCAGCCCCUCCCAGACCACCCUCACCAGUCUCUUCUGAUGCCCGCUGAUGCCCUGUGUAGACCACAGACUGGCACACCGCCCUCACAAACUGGCAAAGUGGGGAGACCAACCCGAUCGUCACCACAUCCUACUGACCAAACCUCAGUUGACUGACCACAGCCCCCCCCCCCCCACACACACACACCCACACACAUACAAACACACACACACACACACACACACACACACACCUCGCCUUCACUGGGCUUGUUUGAAGACGUAGAAGAUCUUAUUCACUACAGCCAAGCGAAGUUUGGCCAAGCAGAGAGACAAGAGUCCCAGAUUAGCGUCCACACCAACGCCCCUUCCCCCUGUCUGAGUGUGAGCCCCUCCUUCCUCCACCCUCUCCUCUCUAGGCUGGCCGUCACUAUAGCGACAUAUCAGAUAUCAGAAGACCACUAACGGUAAACUGAUGUAAACUGUUGUAAACUGUUGUAAAGUGAGAGACAGGAACUCUGGUCUAUUUUAGAAUAAUGCAGAACAAGUGCCCAUGUUUUUCUUUCUUUUUCUUUCUUUCUCUCUUGUUUCUGUUGGUGCUGUUGUUUUUUGUGUUUUUUUUUUCUGAAAUCCAUGGAGAUUUGAAGAUUAGCAUUUCCCCCACACUAUGUUUACAGAAAGAGAUUUUGCAGAGCAGACAAACAGAGCUUCGUUUCUGAGCAGCUCCGGCUUCGCUUUGGCCCAUUAUUUAUGUAUCUGCUGUGGGGUCAGAGAGAGAGAGAGAGAUGGAGAGAUAGAAAAAGAGAGACUAAUAGAGAGAGAAGAAAAAAAGAGAGACUGAGAGAGAGAGAGAGGGGGGUUAGAGAGAGCAGCUCCGGACCAGAUUGGGGCCAGGUUCUGGCCGGAUCCGUCCGAGUCGGCAGCUAGAAGGCUCAUAAUGUGAAUAAUUAGACGGCGUGCCCGAGCCCAGCCCCACUGCUGUCUCGUGCCUUUCUCUGUUUUUCAGCUCAGUAUUCAUGAGUGUUGUGCUCCUCAUUACUGCAGCGUCUGAAUAUGGAUGGCGGCACCCAGCAGGGCAUAGGACAGCACAGGGUUACACGAGCUACGGGCUCUCUGUAGUCUGGGCGUGUGUGUGUGAACACGUGUGUGUGUGAGCACAUGUGUGUGACUGAGUG